UUGUUCACAUUCAUUAAUCUCUUUUUUCAAUGUUUGUUGUACAUGUGAUGUGAGCCAUGACAGAUACACCGCACCAAAACCUUAUGCAGAAAAACAGUACAGGCGAAAUAACCAACCUUAACCUAAGAUAAAUACAAACCCAAUAUCUUGAAUUUAUUACCCACUAUUCCUCAACAAAACCCCCCAAAAAACUCAAAGUAUAUCCUUCAUUUCUUAGAGAGAAAAGCAUAUUAUAAUAGUAAUAACUUAGUAUAAUUAAUUAAUUAAUUAAUGAUUCUCUCACCCACACUUGGCAGUUUCCAUGUUUAUUCUACUUUAUCAAACACAUGCCACACAAAAACAUCUCGAUUCUACCGCCAUUAUUAUUAACCCUUCCAUUGUAUCCUCACUCACACUCUCUCUCUCUUUUUCUCUCUGUUCCUGCGUGAACCACUAAACGACAACAACCGCUAAUGGCAGCGACAACUACAACUAAAACAACAUCAAAUUUCCUCAAACCUCUAAACCAUAAAAACCAACCAUCCACCAAACCCAAACGACGCAAGUGUCGCGAAACCACAAUCUCAACCUCCGCUUCCACUUCCCCCAACAACCCAAACCAGUUACCCGAACCCGUUUCUCAAUUACCCGAUUCACCUUCAUCUUCAUCUUACACCGUUCGUUUCUCCCCCGGUAGAUUCUCCCCAAUCAUGGAUUUCACACACUCCUCUUCACCAAUCUCAAACGGCCACUCGGGUCAUCAUUCGGGUCAGGACCCGUUUCCGUCAAGCUUCUCCAAAUUCAACUCCGCUCUCACCGCCGGCCUCCUCAACCCAAUGUCGCCGCCGCCGGACAAAACCCGGUCAAGUCCGACUCUCUUCGAAAUGAUGGUCAACGAACCCGAUAUUCACCAGAGAACAACAAACCAGAUCCCACCUUCAUCCGUUCAGAAACCCCAAAUUGUAAUCCAAGAUCGGGAAACCCUAAUGAUGCAUAGAAUUUCUGAAUUGUUAGCUUCUCGGAGCCCUGGGAAUCACUUCAACGAUUCAUCUUCGAGUGAUAUUAAGCUUACGCUAAGUUCAAAAGACGGAUUCAGUUUUUCCAUGAACGUGCAUCGUCAGAUUCUCGUUGCGCAUAGUAGAUUCUUCUCCGUGAAGCUUUCUGACCGGUGGACGCAGCAGCAGCAGCGUUCGGCGUUGCCGUAUCUUGUUGAGAUUGCGGAUUGUGAUGAUGUUGAGGUUUAUGUGGAGACGUUGAGGUUGAUGUAUUGUAAGGAUCUUAGGAAGAAGCUUAUGAAAGAGGAUGUUUCUAAGGUUUUGGGUAUCUUAAAGGUUUCGGCUGCAAUUGGGUUUGAUGCCGGGGUUUUGUCUUGUUUGGAGUACCUGGAAGCAGCUCCUUGGGCGGAGGAUGAAGAAGACAAGGUGGCGUCGCUCCUGUCGGAACUUCGUCUUGAAGCUGUGGGAGCUGGGGAGGUUUUGAAGAGGGUUUCAACUGAAGUUGCCAAUGGAAAUGAAGAGGGGAAUGAUAAUGAAGAAGUCCUGCUUAAACUUAUUCGCGUGGUUCUUGAAGGAAAAGAUGAAAAGGCCAGGCGAGAGAUGAAAGGGUUGGUGUCGAAGAUGCUCCAUGAAAAUUCUUCUCAGAAUGAUCUUCGGAAGGAGUCAUUAUACUCUGCAUGUGAUGAUUGUCUGCAGUUACUUCGUCACCACUUUUUGCGGGCUGCAGCUACGGACCUGCAGGAUGUGAGUCAAAUUGCACGUCAAGCGGAUAAUUUGCAUUGGAUUUUGGAUAUUUUGAUUGAUAGACAGAUUGCCGAGGAUUUCCUGAAAACAUGGGCGUCUGAAUCAGCAUUAUCGGAAGCUCAUUCUAAGGUACCUGCCGUUCACAGGUUUGAGGUUAGCAGAGUUACCGCCAGGUUGUUUGUUGGGAUUGGAAAGGGACAAUUGUUGGCUUCCAAAGAAUCUAGGUGUUUACUUCUAAAAACAUGGCUUGUGCCCUUUUAUGAUGAUUUUGGUUGGAUGAGGAGAGCAUCCAAGGGCCUUGAUAGGCAUCUAAUCGAGGACGGUCUUAGUAACACAAUUCUCACUCUACCACUCUCAUGGCAACAAGACAUUUUGCUUGCUUGGUUUAAUCGCUUCUUGAAUUCUGGUGAAGAUUGCCCGAAUAUUCAAAGAGGGUUUGAAGUUUGGUGGAGAAGGGCUUUCUGGAAGAGGAACGGAGAGCAAGACAGGACAAGACAAUUACGAAUUACAUCUGCAUCAAUUGAGCAUAGCUGAAGACAAUAUUUUUCCACGGUAGAGUAAAUGGCUGCACUACAUACUCGGUUUGUCAUCUUUUCACCUUCUCGUGAUCAUAUCUAUCUGAUUGCUCUACGAUUCUCAGUAUUUAAAUCUUCUUUCAGACCCCAGUAGUUUCCCUGCAAACGUUUGUGCGAAACUUGUUAGUUAGACUCAAUUUCUCAUUGUCUUGAUGCUUUGAUUGAAAGAAGAAAACAUUGUUUAUUAUAACACCUUCGAUUUUGUUGGAAAUAACCAGAGAUAACAUUGGUUUUAUAGUUUGACAGGGUGCUUAGAACUGUUUUCCUUUUCUCGUUUCAUAUCUGAUGUAUUCACCAAAAAAAAAUUCAUAUCUGUUGUGCGAUUUACUCCUAGGCUGAUCAUGAUUUUGUACUCUCUUGUCAAAUGAAUGGAUGACACUCCGAGAAGAAGUAACAAAUAAAUAUGGUUAUGAGAUACCGAACACAAAUCAAUCUCUUAUGUUAUCAAUGAUACUCUGCUAUGUCUUCCUUGCGCCAAGUUGUAGACUUGAACUUCAUAGAAAUUUUAAAAUGUUAUAGAACAAAACUCAUUUGUUUUAAAAUGUAAUACUCUGCUGUGUUUACUUGUCCUAUUGUAUGUGUCUCAUCCUGCAAACCAUCACUAUUUUGUGGCCUGGUAUGUAAAGAUUUUAGAAGUUUGGUUUCUGAUCUGUAAAGCGAAUCUGGUUUAUUAUAUUCUUCAGCAAAAUA